AUGCUCAUAUAUAUUGCAUUAGUAUUAAUUGCUGCAUAUUUGUGGAUCAGACAUCGGUUCCAGUUAUUCGAAAGACUAGGAUUUCCAUUCGUUGAAGCGAAAAUUCCAUUUGGAAGUCUCGGAAAUGUUGGACGAACUGAGCAUAUGUGUGAUUUUAUAGUACGUGAAUAUGAGAAAAACAAGAACAAGGCACCAGCGUUUGGUUUUUUCAUGUUAACUAAGCCCAAUUUAAUGCCAACUGAUCCAGAUUUAAUUAAGGAUAUUCUUGUGAAGCAUUUUGAUAGUUUUCAUCAACAUGGAUUUGAUUUGGAUUUUAAAAAUGAUCCACUUGCUGGACAUUUAUUCUUUAUCGAUGGUCAACCAUGGAAAGAUUUAAGAGCAAAGUUAAGUCCAACAUUUACUAGUGGACGAAUGAAGAUGAUGUUUCCAAUUGUAUCAGAAACUGGUGAUAACAUGAUUGAAUACUUGAAUCCAUUAGCUGAUGGUAAAACAGCAAUAGAAAUGAAGGAAGUUUAUGCCUCAUUCACAACCGAAGUUAUUGCUAAUGUUGCAUUUGGAUUAGACACAAAAUGUCAAGGAGAUCCUGAUAAUGAAUUCAGAAAAAUGGCAACAGCAGUUUUUCAUCCUUCGUCAUGGGAAAACUUAAAAGCAUUCUUUUUGAUAUCAUUUCCUAAAAUUGCCAGUAAGUUGGGAAUGGGAUUCAAUACAAAAAAGACAAUUGACUUCUUUACUAAAAUUGUUCGUGACAACCUUGAAUAUCGUGAGAAAAACAAUAUACAAAGAAAUGACUUCUUCCAAUUGCUGAUUAAUAUCAAGAAUAGUGAUGCUGGCUUAACUUUUGAGGAAAUCGCUGCCAAUAGCUUUGUGUUCUUCCUUGCUGGACACGAAACAAGCUCUAGUGUCAUGACAUUCUGUACCUACGAACUUGCACUCAACCAAGGAAUUCAAGAUCGUUUGAGAGCCGAAAUUGAAGAGGUUCUUGAAAAGCAUAAUGGAGAAGUUACUUAUGAUGCAAUUAUUGAAAUGAAAUACUUAGACAUGGUCUUCAAUGAAACCGUCCGUAGACAUCCAAUCGUUGAUAAUCAAAACAGAAGUGCAGUAAAAGAUUUUAAGAUCCCUAAUACCAAUUUAGUUAUUCCCGCUGGUAUGCACAUUAUGAUACCAGUUGCAGGACUUCAUAAUGAUGAAAGGUUUUACGAAAAUCCAAAAGAAUUCAACCCUGAGAGAUUUACUGAAGAAAAUAUUAAGAAGAGACAUCCAUUUGCAUUUAUUCCAUUCUCUGAAGGACCACGUAUCUGCAUUGGAUUGAGAUUCGGAACAAUGCAAGCAAAGCUCGGUCUCAUUAAGCUCUUGAGAAACUUCAGAAUUCUUCCAAGUGAUAGGACUCCAGUUCCAAUGAAAUAUUCACCAAAUGCAUCGUUGCAAAGUCCAGAUGGUGGGUUGUGGUUGAAAAUCCAAAAGGUCUUAUAA